UGUAAUGUUUGGUUACAACGUGAGGAAGAAGAAAGAGAGAGACAUUGUCCGUGUUUUCGUGAGACUCGAUUGGAAAAACCUCAGAGAACAGAAUAGAAUAGAAUGUCAACACAUCUGCAAGAUCCACCUUCAAACUCAAACUACAAUCCCAAUGCCACAUCAUCAACACCCCCUCCCAACCCCUUCAUCCGCGGCAGCAUCAACGGUGUCGCCACCGCUCAACACAGCGGCGAAUCCCACUCUCACCACCGGAGAGCGCACUCCGAGAUCAACUACCGUCUCCCCGACGAAAUGAUGGAACUAUCACCGUCAAAUCCGUUGAACGGAGGCGGCUCCUCGACCGCCAGCCUGGAGGAGAUCGGAUCGGAAGACGAUCUGUUCUUCACCUACAUUGACGUGGAGAAGCUCGGAAAUGGAUCGGAUCAAAGCGGUUACGGUAACGGAGCGGGGACGAGCGGUCAAAAUGAUGGAGAGAAGAGUUUGAAUGAAGCUACUACGCCGAGGACGAGGCAUAGACAUAGCUGCUCUGUUGAUGGUACGACGUCGACGACGAGUAUGCUUGGAGAGAUCAUGGAUGCGAAGAAAGCUAUGCCUCCGGAUAAACUCGCCGAGCUUUGGACUCAGGAUCCAAAGCGUGCCAAGAGAAUACUUGCGAAUAGACAAUCUGCUGCGCGUUCAAAAGAGAGAAAGGCCCGUUAUAUACAAGAGCUUGAGCGCAAGGUUCAGACCCUUCAAACAGAGGCCACAACUCUCUCUGCUCAAUUGACAUUAUAUCAGAGGGACACAAGUGGUCUGAGUACUGAAAAUACCGACCUUAAGCUCCGUCUGCAAGCUAUGGAACAACAGGCAAACCUUCGAGAUGCUCUUAAUGAUGCGUUGAUGAAGGAAGUUGAGAGGCUUAAGAUUGCUACUGGAGAGGCAAUGAACCCCUCUGAAUCUUAUAAUCUUGGAAUGCACCCGAUGCAAUUCGCAGGGUCAAAUUUCUUUUCAAUGCCGCAACAACAUUCAGGUCCUUCUAGUCACCAGAACAUACAAUUUCCUCAAUUCGGUCACUCUCCAUCUAACAUGCCAACUCAUCAGCUGCAACAAACCAAUUCUCACCAAAUGUCAGAAAUGUUGCAAAACGAUCACCUCGGUCGUUUUAAGGGACUUGACAUCAGUAGUAAAGGAUCAGCCCUCGUGAAAUCUGAAGGUCCCUCAAUAUCUGCAAGUGAGAGUAGCACUACAUUUUGAUUUUAACCUAAAAAACUUCUUGACCUGCUGACUUAUUUAUGGUAUUCCAUUCUUGUCGUCUGUCCAUAGUGUUGACAUGUAGUCAUAUAAAUGAAAGUUCUCUGUUUCAUUAAACAUUCAACUUAGAUUAAAAAUCAAUUCUUGAUUGUUUAUUCUUAAGGAUGCUCCCCAAAAAGGGGACGUGCCCUUGUGGUUUUGUCGCAAAAAGCUCAUGCAAUCAUGUCGAAGCGUGGCAUUUUGGUGUUGUGGGUUGUAAUAUUAGGAAUGAAAGGUCAUUCUCUUUUCUUGGUGUCUUUAUAUGUUGAGAUGGUUUUUGAUUCCUCUCUGGUCAUGUGUAUCACCAUUUACAUGAUACUAAUUAUGUAAACUGUGAUUUGUUGUAUUGUUCCAAUUCAAGGAUGUGUGAAAUGCAUUAUCCAAAACGGAAAA